AUGCUAUACAAUACCAACAACGUACCAAUUGAGGCGAGUCAUAUCACUGCAGUAGCUGAGAUAGGCACUGACAAAGUCUAUAUCAUCCGUUUCCCCAUGUUUCACCUGGUGAAGCAUCGCCACCAACUGAUCAUAGAACCCAAGCUACCAGACAAGGUCUUCAAGAAAUAUACAGAAGCUAAGAAGACUGAGCCUACUUCAACCUUCGGUCUCACCGCGGACGAAAACAUCGAUAUCGCAACCUUUGUAGCUGAGAAUAAACCGUUCAAAGCCACGAUCAACUAG